GCACGGCCAGCGGUAGGAGCGCAUCGGGUUGUGUCUGUGUUGUGUUUAUAUUUUAUACCCCGUUUAUCAGAACGGAAAAUAAAACUACAGACAGCCCGUUUGGGCCUACAAAUUUGUUUUAAACCGGCAUUUUGAUUGGCGUUCCGUUUGGCUCAUGCGAUUGAAGGGGCUCGAGGGCUCGUGCCUUUCCCCCUCAAGGUUCCAGAGAGGCGCGUGGAAAAGCCCUGUGCAGAGAAAGAAGGGGGAUCAUAGCGUAUGUAUGUAGCCUAAAUGCAUACAUGCCGGGGUCUUCGACUGUGUGGUUUUAAAAACGGAGACGGGUGUGUUUAUUUUGUCGGCAAACGGCAAUGAGUGGCAAUGAGAUCGGGUUGCUGGUGAGCCAGUGCUUUGAUGAAUAAUUUACGGUCUUGUGGUCCGAAAGGGAGCGAACCACAGCCACUACCGUUUGUAAACCUCUGACGACGUCGGAGAGGGCCCGGAUGGUGGACUAGAGAGAGCCGACAAAACGGGACGAGGUAUUUUGACAUUGUCGGUAAAUUCUUAGGGGCGGUGAGAAGGGGUGAUGGUGUGUCGGAGGCGGAGAGAAGGAGCUUUGGGCACCUUGCGGAGGAUCAUAUACAAACUCUGUUUUCGGAUUAUUCUCAAACCCCGCCACUUCUAAACCACAACAAACAAAUCAAAACUAAUCUCAGUCAACUCUAAAUUACUAUUUUCGACAUGCGCUCAUUAAAAUAGUCCAUCCAAGAAACAAUAGAAUAGGUGUGUAUGUAAGUUGACUAUCAUUGUAAUGAAUAGUGAGUAGUCGGUAGUUCUAAAGCUUCAUCCAAGUGUAGAGAUUGAGUCAUUGUGAACUGGAAUGAAUAUUGCACAUUUGAUUUUCUAUAGGAGAAUCUUUCAAAAUCAUGCGAUACAGAAUUUUAAAAGGGCGUUUCUCUCGGCCUGCAUCUGCAUAUCUGGCGUCAGUUGAGGGUUAUGUUUAGGACAGAACACUUACAGGCCUAUCCUAUGACAAAUGUUUACUUAAAAAAAAAAAAACAUAUCUACCUCAAACCUCUGCCUGUUUUCCACAGAACACAACUGGAGAAACGAACAAAUGUUUACUAAAUGAAUACCUCAGUCUCACUAAUACCUCAUAGGUUCUUUAUAAAGCGUAGCCUUGUUUAAAAACGCCUCCGAUGGCUUCAUUCUCAGACUCCGACCUGCAGACCUGUCUUCUCUGCAAGGAGCUCUGUGGCUCCUCCUCCGCUACCAUCUCUUGCAACUCCUCCACUUCCUCUUCCUCCUCUCACUCGUCGUCCUCCUCCUCCCGGCGCCUCCAUGUCCUCCCCUGCCUGCACACCUUCUGCAGACAGUGUCUGGAGGGUCAGCGCAGCCCUGGGGACCCUCUCAAACUCAGCUGCCCCACCUGCAACCAGAAGGUCUCCAUCUCCGAGGUCGGAGUGGACUCUCUCCCUUCCUCCAACUUCCUCUUGAGUAACCUUCUGGACGCGGAGCAGCUCCAACUCGGCCAAAAUAAGAACGGGCACCGGGGGGUCGGCGGGUGCUCCGUACCCAGGUUCCACCGCGCCCACAGCGUGCUCCACCCGAACCGUCUGGGAGGGCCCCAGUGCAGCUCCUGUGGCGAGGGGAACCCGGCCAGCUUCCACUGCCUGGACUGCCAGGAGUACCUUUGUGAUAACUGCGUCCGAGCCCAUCAGAGGGUCCGGUUGACCAAGGACCACUUCAUGGAGAGCCUGCAGCAUGCAAGCCAAGGCUUGGCCAGCCCCAUCGCAGGUAGAGGCAGGGGGGUUGGUGGUGUAGGGUUGUCCCUGACCCAGCCCUUCCAGUCCAACUCCUCCCUGCUGCCUUUGUUCCAGGAUAGGAUGAGCUUCUGUCAGCACCAUGACAACAAGGUAGUUCUGUUUUUCUGUGAGACGUGCUCUGUGCCUAUCUGUAGGGAGUGUAGUGUGGGCAGACACAUGGGCCACAGCUUGGUCUAUCUACAGGACGCUGUCCAGGACUCCAGAGACAUCAUCAUCCAGCUACUGGCCGACGCACAGCAAGGAAGACAGGCUGUACAGUUGAGUAUGGAGAAGAUCCAGGCCAUAGCAGAGCAGGUAGACAUCAAGGCCAAGGUGGUCCAGACAGAGGUGAAGAACGUGGUCCUCAGACACCUGAAAGCCUUGGAGGACAGAGAGAGUCAGCUACUCUGGAAGGUUGAGAAGAUCCAACAGCUGAAAGCCAAGUCCCUGUACCUGCAGGUAGAGAAGCUGCAUCAGAACCUGACCAAGCUGGACAGCACCAUCACAGCAGUCACUCAGGUGCUGGAUGAGGGUUGUCACCUGGACGUGCUGCUGGCCAGAGAGCGCAUGCUGACCCAGAUCCAGGAGCUGAAGUCUCUCAGAGGCCUGCUGCAGCCACAGGAGGAUGAUCGUUUAAUGUUCACCCCUCCAGACCAGGCCCUGUACAUAGCCAUCCAGUCCAUGGGGUUGAUCAGUAGCGGAGCGUUCGCUCCCGUCACCAAAGCUCACGGUGAAGGCCUAAAGACCGCACUCCGUGGCAAGACCGCCUCCUUCACCGUAAUUGGCUACGACCACGACAGGGAGCCCUGCCUCUCGGGCGGUGACGCAGUGUCAGCGGUGGUGAUGGCAGCGGCGGAUGGUAACCUGUCGGCUGCGGAGGUGUGUGACAACCAGAACGGGUCGUACGCGGUCAGCUACUUGCCCAAGACUGAGGGAGAAGAUUUGGUGUCAGUUCUGGUCUGUAACCAGCACAUCAUGGGCAGCCCCUUCAAGGUACUGGUGAAGUCUGGGCGACGCUACGGGGCUCUGGGUUCACCGGUGUCUGCGUUUGGCAGUGAGGGGGAGGGUGACGGUCAGCUGUGUCGUCCCUGGGGCAUCAGUGUGGAUAAAGAGGGAUACGUGGUGGUGGCCGACCGCAGUAACAACCGAGUACAGAUCUUCAAGCCGUGCGGUGCCUUCCACCACAAGUUUGGCUCCCUGGGCUCUCGCCCCGGUCAGUUUGAUCGUCCAGCGGGCGUGGCGUGCGACAGCCAACAGCAGAUCAUCGUAACGGACAAAGAUAACCACCGUGUGCAGGUGUUCACCUUUGACGGACAGUUUAUGCUGAAGUUCGGCGAGAAGGGCACUAAGAACGGUCAGUUCAACUACCCCUGGGAUGUGGCAGUGAACUCUGCGGGGAAGAUCUUGGUCUCUGACACCAGGAACCACCGCGUCCAGCUCUUUGGCCCUGACGGCUCGUUCAUCAACAAGUACGGCUUUGAGGGCACCCUGUGGAAACACUUUGACUCGCCGCGGGGUGUCGCCUUUAACCAUGAGGACCACCUGGUCGUCACCGACUUCAACAACCACCGUCUGCUGGUGAUUCGGCCAGAUUGCCAAUCUGCCCGGUUCCUGGGCUCCGAGGGUACCGGUAACGGGAAGUUCCUGCGUCCCCAGGGCAUAGCAGUGGACCAGGAGAACCGGAUCAUCGUUGCCGACUCGAGGAACCACCGUGUGCAGGUGUUCGAGCCCAACGGGAACUUCUUAUGCAAAUUUGGCACCCAUGGCAGUGGCUUCGGACAGAUGGACCGCCCCUCCGGUGUCGCUGUGACACCUGACGGAGUCAUCCUGGUCGUCGACUUCGGAAACAACCGCAUCCUCAAGUUCUAAUCGCUUUUCGCUUUCUUUCUUUCUCUCACUCGGUUUUCUCUCCGUUUCUCUGUUAGGGAGAGGAAAUUGAAGAGCUAGGAAAAGGAUUCAACAAACAGACACAAAGAGGACAGUUUAAAGAGAGAUAAUCAGAGCAGGUAGAAAUGCGUUAUUACAAAUUAAGGGGAAGUGAAUUUGUUCGUUUUUAAAUUAUUUUUUACUUUUAGGUUUUAGUUUGUGUAAUCAGAUUUCUGUGGUAUACUGUAUGACAAAGGGGACCACUAAGACUAGUUGAUAAUCAGUAGUGAAAGUAACAAGGAAGAGAUCACGAUUUCCCUGUCUUCUAUCUGAAUUGCUCUCUCUCAACUCUCAUCACGUCGCCUUCUCAGGGAUUUUUCUCACUUUUUCUUGAAAUAUUGAAUCCUCUGCUCCGCCACCUACCUCAUCCAGUUCUUAAUGAAUGUACUCACCUUCUCCGAGCAGAGGUCUACUCUAAGUCUGUCAAGUUUUACAAAGAAGAAAAUGAAAAAAGUCUACCUCAAUACUUUUUUUAUUUGAAAUGAAAAGAUGUUUUGACCUGACCUGUAGUGGAGUCUAGUGUGUUCAGUGAUGUUUAGGGUAGCUUGUUCUGUAGAUCUUGGUUUAGCAUGUCCCCCUCAUCUCUCCAUGUGCAGUGUCACUGCAGACCGACGGAAUAGAGGUAAUGCCAAACCGGUUAGACUGACUCAGUGUUAGUUAGCUCAGGUCACAGUACCAGAUGGACCAGAAGAAUCUCCUUUUAGCUUGACUGGUUUAUUGAUCGCAGCGGCGCCGGGAGUCUGACCUGGGACAGAUGCAGUUUGAUGAUUGGUUGAAAUCAUGAGCUAGUCGUUGUUGUGGGGAGAUUCUCUUUUCUGUCCCAAAGUAUCCAAUUAUCAAUUGAACAUUGUUGAUUCCUUUCAGGCGUCAGCAAGCUGGUCUGAUUAUGAGGAGAAAAAUAAUGAAAAUCAAUGUGAAAAAACAAACAGCAUUUGUGUACUCUCAAACGGAGGGCCCACCAAAGUAUUUCAGAAGUUUAUCAGGAUGUAUUGGUUGUUGAUUAGUAGAUUGAUUAUAAAUUCUGUUUGAGUGACAUUCGUUGUGAAUGAUGCGGAAGGAUAGCAAUGCCUCCAGAAAGCAGGCAUCUUGAUUGGCUGUCCACAGGAGUGAGAGCCAAUCAGAAAUCAGAAUGAUCCUGUGUGGUUGAAUUGUGGGGCACUGAUUGGCUCUUGGGGGCUAGAAUUGAAUCCAACCCCCUUCUGACAUCACUGCCCCACCCUAGUUAUUGACGCCCAUUCUGAAAUGCCGGAGAGAGAGUGUUCCGGAACAUGUGCAUGCUGACCAGACCUCGAAAAGAUGGAGGUCUAGAGACCAGCUAGUGGAGUCAACCAAAGGUAGAAUUUUGGCUAACUGUAUGUUUGGCAUCGAAAGAACAACAAGUCCCAUUGAAGACAUUUUGUUGUUUAAUCAUUUAUGUUGGAGGUCUAAAACGCUCACCAGCUGUCACCAAAAAGAUCUGUUCAAAGCACUGUCAAUGGGGAGAAGAAGAAUAUAAGGCCUACUUUUAGCUUUUAAAAUGGAAGUACCUUUCAAGCCUACUUCCUGAAGAGAACGUUGUAGAAAGGUCUGAAAAAAAAACAUAUCUCACAGCAACCAAAGAGUAUCUUUCCAGGCCACUUUCCAUCUCACACCCCUGAGAGGUUCAAUCUAGCUCCACCACCCAUGCUAACGUGACACUGCUUCAUGUCUAGCAACCCUUAUUUAGCAUUAGCAUCUCAAACCAUUUAACCAUUGAGUGUAAACAGAUUCCUGAUUUAUCAUCUGUGGUGGACCUUUUUGGAGGGGUUGUAAAUCUCCCUUUCUCUUGUGAAGUUAGCCACUUUAGCGUAGUCUAGCCUAGCGGUAUGGGCGUUUUAUUAGUUGGUUUCUGACUGAGCUUCUUACCUCAGAAGAAAGUGCAGGCCUGCACUUUAAAUCCUAAUUUACGUAAACUUUCACAUCCCAUCGUUUACCUUAACUGUCAGAUACCUCUAAAUGUUUUAUAUACUUUCUUAUUCCUCACAGUUACUCAUGUGCAACUCAAUUGUAAUACAGCCUACCUUAACCAGUUACUGGCCACAGUACCUCAACUCUCAGACCUCAUCAUUUUACAAAUCUACCUCAACACACCUUUUACCUAACUUUAAAUGCUUCAUGUUACAUACUGUGUGUGUGUGUGUGUGUAUAUAUCAGUUGAAGUCGAAAGUUUACAUACACCUGAGCCAAAAACAUUUAAACUCAGUUUUUCACAA